AUGAUGCAACCAACCAAUAAGAGUGAGCAUCCGCAAGACCGCAGAUACUACUACAAAGUGCAAACCAGGGUCAACUAUAACGAGGGUGAAAAUUGGGUGUCGGUAAACUAUAAUGUUACGCCAUGGAGGAUUUGUCAGGUUUGCAAAGUGUUGGACCAUAGAGUGGAACCUUGUGUUGAGGGUGAAGUAGUUUUGGUGAGUGAAUCUCCAUCUGUGAAUGAAGAUGGUGCUGAAUUUUGGAUGGAUGUUGGUCAUGUGGGUCAUAGUGGACGUGUAGAUAUGAGUAAUCAUGGGGUAAGCAAAGCAACAAUCACUGCUCUUCAACUUGAGGAAGCAAGAGAUUCGAUAGUAGGAAUUGAUGAGGAGGUUCCGGUGGUUGUUCAUGGGGAAAGUGGGGUUGUUUUACCUCCUACUGUAGGGUUAUCUUCUGCCGAUAUGGGGAUGAAUUCAGGGGAGUUAACACUCAUUGCGAGUCAAAUGGUGUUAGACACAACAAGAAGAUUUGAAGAUAAGAAAAUGGCUGAUGAGAGGAACAGAAUUAAAGGGAAGGCUAAAGUUGUUGUUGAUCCAGUGAGUGAGAUUAUCUCCUAUAAUUUGAAAGAUGAGCAUUCUAAUGGAAAUUUAGUAAUCUGUGAAGGAGGUAAUAAGGAGGAUCUGGAGGAGGCGAUAAAGUGCCUAUAUGAAGCUAAAGAGUACCAAUUAAAAGCCCGAAAUCUAUCGGAUUUCUCUGCGAACAUAGUGGAACCUGAAAGAAAGAGGAGGAAGGUUCUUGUGGUGGAUGUGAUUGCCAAAAAGUCUAAGGUGGAUCAGAACUCUAUGCUACCUGAAGAUGAUCCCAAUAUAAUUGUGGCUAAUUCUCAAAUGAUUAGUAUUCUUGUUCGACAUCAUGAUGAUCCUUUUGAUAUGUUCAAUGAAUACGUCAAUCAUUUUCAUGCGAGUCCAUGUAUGAACCAAGCUGCUGGAAUCAGUGACGAGAUGAUACUCUCUGCUCAUGACGACCAGAUCAUAAAGGAAAGUUCAGAGGAGCUAGGUGCAUCAGUGCACUCCAUGGUGUAAACAAUGAAGACAUGGGAAAUUCCUUGAUACCUGUAAUGCAGUGGUUAUCUAAAAUAAAUUGUAAAAAUGUUGCAGUGCCUUGGCAGGUUAUGGAGUCCUCUGGUGACUCGGUUCAAAUGGAAGGGAAAGUGGAAAUGGAGGAUCUAAUGUUAGAUAUGAACUUCAGUAACUAUUUUAAAUCUUUUCAACAUUUUGAGGUUAACAUAUGUAGUACUAUAGAAGUGAAUGUUGUGUUGACAAGGAUGUAUAGACUUAGGUUGCUUUUUGAGAAGGACUGGUCUUGGUCAGCUAAGGAGGAGAGAAACAUGAAGAACUGGCUUGAAACUCUAGAUAGAUUGGAUAAUAUGUCUAAAGGAAGAAAAAGUUUUGCUUCAAGUUUCUCUCAAGAAAAUGAAGACAGUAAUAAUAAUUUAAAUAACACAGACAUUGGCAGUGAUAGUGGUUUCAGCAGGGGUGGUUUGGAAGGUUCUGAUUAUGUGAUUCUCAACAAUGUCAGCACUCAAUGUGAAGAUGGUAGAGAAGUUACUGAUCUUAGGGGAAGAGGAAGGGAGGAAGGUGUGGCCAAAAAUGCUGCAAAGAAUGGCGUAAAAAGAGGUUUCUUUAAGAAUUCUACUUAUGAAAAAGGGAGUUCGAGCAAAAAUGUGGAUAGUAUGAACUCUGAGUAUACCAACAUUGUUAAAACAUGGUAUAAGCCUCAAGAUAAUAGCUAAUUUGGACAUGUAACUGCUAUGUCGAACUAUUUUCUGAAUG